GCAACAUCCAAGGAGAGCAGCCCCUUUAUCAACAGCAGCACCAGUGACGUAGAGAAAAGCCAGCAGUAUGAUGGGAAAAACAUGGCUCUGUUUGAGGAGGAGAUGGACACUAGUCCUAUAGUGUCUUCUGUGCUGAGUAGCCUUGCCAACUACUCCAACCUGACGCAGGGCAGUAAAGAGCAUGAGGAGGCUGAAAACAAUGAGGAGCCGCGCAAGAAAACUGUGCAGGCUCCACGUAUGGGGACGAUAAUGGGCGUUUACCUGCCAUGUAUGCAGAACAUCCUGGGGGUGAUUCUUUUCCUCAGGAUGACCUGGCUGGUGGGCGUUGGAGGGGUCCUGGGAACCUUCGUCAUCGUCUUCAUGUGUUGCUCCACGACUAUGCUGACUGCGAUCUCAAUGAGUGCUAUUGCCACCAAUGGAGUUGUGCCAGCUGGAGGUUCAUACUACAUGAUUUCUCGUUCACUGGGGCCGGAGUUUGGCGGGGCCGUUGGUAUAUGUUUCUAUCUGGGGACCACUUUUGCGGGAGCCAUGUACAUCCUGGGAUGCAUCGAAAUCCUCCUGAUCUACAUUGUGCCAGCAGCUGCCGUAUUCAAGAUGGAGGGUCUGGAGGGAGCAGAGGCUGAGGCAGCAUUAUUGAAUAACAUGCGUGUGUACGGUACCAUCGUGCUCUCCUUGAUGUCUUUAGUUGUCUUUGUUGGUGUGAAGUACGUCAACAAGUUGGCCCUUGUGUUCCUCGCCUGCGUCAUUCUCUCCAUUCUCGCUGUCUACGCCGGGGUCAUCAAGACAUCUUUUGAUCCACCUGACUUUCCGGUGUGUGUGCUCGGGAACCGGACUCUUGUGUCGAAGAGCUUUGACAUUUGUGCCAAGACCAUAGAGAGGGGAAAUGGCACGGUCACCACCAAGCUUUGGAGAAGCUUCUGUGACUCCGAGUUCCUGAACGCCACCUGCGAUGAUUACUUCACAAACAACAACGUUAGCCAGAUCCAGGGAAUCCCUGGAGUGACCAGUGGCAUCCUGGCAGAAAACCUUUUCAGCAUGUUUGCUGAGAAAAAUACAUUUAUAGAGAAACGAGGUAUAGCUGCAGCACUCGACCCUGAGGCACCACUAACCAACACGAACCGAUAUGUCCUCGCUGACAUCACCAGCUUCUUCACCCUGCUGGUUGGCAUCUACUUCCCCUCUGUCACAGGUAUCAUGGCUGGUUCCAACCGUUCUGGUGACCUGCAGGAUGCUCAGAAGUCCAUCCCUGUUGGGACCAUCAUGGCCAUCACAACUACCUCAAUCAUCUACAUGUCUAGUGUGAUUCUGUUCGGAGCCUGUGUUGACGGAGUCGUUUUGAGGGACAAAUUUGGGGAAGGCGUGAAUGGUAACUUGGUUAUUGGCACCCUGGCAUGGCCUUCGCCCUGGGUCAUUGUCUUUGGCUCCUUCUUCUCCACCUGUGGGGCAGGGCUUCAGAGUUUGACAGGAGCACCCCGCCUCCUUCAAGCUAUCUCCCGCGAUGGCAUCAUUCCUUUCCUCAGGGUGUUUGGCCAUGGCAAAGCUAAUGGUGAACCUACAUGGGCUCUCCUCCUGACAGGCUGCAUCUGUGAGAUUGGCAUUAUCAUCGCCUCCUUGGAUUCGGUUGCACCCAUUCUGUCAAUGUUCUUUCUCAUGUGCUACAUGUUUGUAAACCUGGCCUGUGCACUGCAGACUCUCCUCAGGACCCCGAACUGGAGGCCACGCUUUAAAUUCUAUCACUGGGCUUUGUCACUCUUGGGCAUGAGCUUGUGUCUUACCCUGAUGUUCCUCUGCUCCUGGUACUACGCCAUCGUUGCUAUGGUGAUCGCCGGCUGCAUCUAUAAGUACAUCGAAUUCUGCGGGGCAGAGAAAGAGUGGGGCGAUGGGAUACGUGGCAUAUCUCUGAGUGCUGCCCGCUAUGCUCUGAUGAGGCUGGAGCAAGGUCCUCCUCACACUAAAAACUGGAGGCCCCAGAUUCUUGUUCUUGUGGGUUUGGAUGGAGAGCAGAAUGUGGAGCAACCUCGACUGUUGUCGCUGACCAAUCAGUUGAAAGCAGGCAAAGGCUUGACCAUUGUAGGAGCGUGUGUGGAGGGAACCUACUUAAACAACCAACCACAGGCACAGAAAGCAGACGAAUCCCUAAGGAAGUUGAUGGAGAUUGAAAAGGUGAAGGGAUUCAGUCAGGUAGUGAUAUCCUCUAACCUGCGAGACGCCACCUCACAUCUGAUACAAGCUGGAGGUCUUGGUGGCCUCCGCCACAAUGCGGUUCUGGUCAGCUUCCCCAAGAACUGGAAACAAGUUGAGGAGCACCACCGUUGCAGAAACUUCAUUGAGAUUGUUCGAGAGACCACCGCAGCUCAGUUGGCCUUGCUGGUUCCGAAGAACAUCUCUGCAUAUCCAUCAAAUGGAGAACGUUUCACCGAGGGCUACAUUGAUGUGUGGUGGAUUGUCCAUGAUGGAGGCAUGCUCAUGCUCCUUCCCUUUCUUCUGCGCCAGCACAAGGUGUGGAGGAAGUGCAAGAUGCGUAUCUUCACCGUGGCUCAGAUGGACGACAACAGCAUUCAGAUGAAGAAAGACCUGAUGACAUUCCUCUAUCACCUGCGCUUUGAUGCUGAGGUUGAGGUGGUUGAAAUGCAUGACAGCGACAUUUCAGCCUACACUUACGAAAAGACCCUGGUGAUGGAGCAACGAUCGCAAAUCCUCAAAGAGAUGCAUCUUACCAAGAACGAGCGUGAGAGAGAGAUUCAGAGCAUCACAGAUGUGUCCCGUGGCUCUAUACGGCGAAAGAACCCUUCAAACCUGCACCCCCAGAGGAGCAUCGCCGAGGAGUCCGUGACAGGAGGUGGCGAAGAGAAACCCGAGGAGGAGGUUCAACUAAUUCAGGGCAAAAAUGCCACCCCCACCCCCACUAGCCCCACCUCCCCUACCGCUCCCACACCAGUGGCCAUGAGCCCCGGAGAGGAGGUGCAGAUGACCUGGACCGACGAAACAGAGAAGACCAAUAAACCAGCAGUGGCCAACCCUGACAACGUAAAGGAUAUGUUCAACAUGAAACCGUGAGUCAAGAGAAUGGCGGUCUCGACUAAGUAUAUAU